UCACUUAGCCCCACCACGACGACUACUCGUGCGAAUUUCUUUGCUCCACGAUUUCACAUCAUUGCAUCCACCGCAUCUCGAGGAUCUGCUGUCCACUUAGUGCCUCAUUGAAGGCUUCUUAUCUGGCUGCUACCCCUCAUCAUGGCUUCGACACAAGAGAAUCAUCCCCAAGGUACCCCCAUUGCCUCCGACCAUAUUACUUCCUCUCAGCUCGAUCCUAAAGACGUUUCGGCUGGUUCUCCCACAGUUCGAUUCGCAUCUGCCACUGAGGAAAUCGAGCCGAAGAGUGUCGAAGCUCUCGACGCCGAACCCCCGCAGAACAUAUUUGGCCAAGACGAAGAGAGAUUGAAGGAAUUAUCUAAGAGCCUCCAUGGAACACAUCUUCAAGAGCGUCGAAUGAGCCAUUUUGCUUUCGAACCAGUUUCUCUUCCUGCCUCGAGGGUAUGUCUUCUUUCCUCGCCCAUGUUGUUUGUCACCGGGAUCGCCGAAAGAGGAAAUGCAGCAACAAUGACGAUAUCAAUUCCAAUGAAGUUCAUUGUUGUCUGGGAGAAGCUCGGGAGUUUGAGUAUUUCCCUGACUUGCCGGCAUCUGCUUUCUCAUAUGCAUUGAGAAUGAGAUUCUCAGAUCCACCCCCACGCACUAAUGGGAAAGCCUCCCGGGAUGCCCCACCUUCUUGCAUUUUCCUAUAUAUUUCUUUUCAUGCCCUCCUCUCCUCAUCUUAAGAUUCUCG